UCAGUUCGCCGCCCCAAUUCCGCCGCGAUGAAGAAUUUCAGCUACAACGAUUUUGAACUGAGAGAGAUUCAAAAGCUCGAAGGUCAUACCGGUAAGGUUUUGGGGAUAGCUUGGAAGGAGGAUACCGGAGUAUGGGGUUUUCCGGCAGUAAUCACAUCCUGGAGUGAUGAUAAAACCAUACGAAUCUGGGAAGAGAACUUCUCCGGCUUUUUCGUCUGUAAGGCUGUUUUGGAGGCAUCAUGUACUGUUAGAUCGUGUGCCUGGUCACGGGGAAGCAAAUUGUUGGCAGCAGCUUGCUCUGAUGUCACCACUGCCAUUUGGAAAAAUGUCGGUGUUCAUGCCUAUGAGUGUAUCUACACUUUAAAGGGUCAUGAGAAUGAAGUGAGAAGUGUUUCCUGGAAUAGGGACGGGCAAUUUCUUGCGACAUGUGGAGGUGAUAAGUCAAUUUGGAUAUGGGAAGUUUUGCCUGGAAAUGAGUUUGAUUGUACUUCAGUGUUACAAGGACACACAGAAGAUGUUAAGAUAGUUCAUUGGGAUGAAAAAAUUUUAUUCUCCGGUAGUAGUGAUAACACCAUUAAGGUGUGGAAAGAGGCAGAUUAUGAAAGUGGUGAUUGGCGUUGUAUUCAAACUUUGGGUGAGUCUGACAGAAAACAUACAUCUGCUGUGCUGUCUCUCUCUUUCAGUAAAGAAAGAAGAAGAAUGGUAUCAUGCAGUGAUGACCUUACCAUCAAGAUAUGGAAAAAUAGUGAUGAUGAUCAUUCUAUAGAACUUUGGUCUCAUGCUUGCACUCUAUCUGGAUAUCAUGACACAACAAUUUUCACAGUUGACUGGUUGAGGGAAUUACUCCGUUUUGUACCUUAUGAAGACAAGGACCCAGAAAUAUUUGCGAGUGCAGGAGCUGAUGACGCUAUACGUGUAUUUAUCGAGGAUACGGACAAUGAGGUUGAUGGGCUUACAUUUAAACUACUUUUGAAGAAGGAGAAGGCUCAUGAAACAAACGUAAAUUCUGUGAAAUGGCACUCUGGGGAUAAAAGGCUUUUGGCGUCGGCAAGUGAUGAUGGAACAGUGAAGAUAUGGGAGUUGGUUUACCCCUGGGGGCCUGCUGGCCACAUAGCUUCAUAGUUGAUACGGGAAAAACAAUUUGUAUUGUUAUAGGAAUUUUGAGCAUGUUGAAGCCUCAAACUUCGGGAAAACUAUCUCUUUUUUUCUCGAAUCUGAGACCUCUGCUUAUGGGUAGAGGGACCCUAUCUAUCCGCCACAAUCGUUAAUGAUAUCAUUACUACAUAUUAUACUAGAAAAACAAGAGAACAGAUCUGCAAAUUUUCUCAAUAACAUUAAAGAUGAUUACCAU